AUGGCUGUCCCAACCCCGACGACGUCGUUUUCGACGACGUGCCUGGUCGUGUCGGUGCCCGAGUCGAGUUACACGGUCCACUACACCAGCGGCGAGGUGGGGAUUUACCCUCCCACAACGUACACGGCGCCGACAGAUAUCGUCAGGACCGAAACUGCAACCAUCGAAGCGAGCUGCUUCACCCUCGCGCCGGGGCAGAGCAUCCCCUCCUCGGUGGCCUUUGUCGGCGUGUCUUGCGAGACCUACUACCAUCCCGCGACCACGGAAACAUGGACCUACACGUCCACGCCUGGGCAGCCCUUCGUCGUUUUCGACAAAACCCUGGACGUCUACACCGGCACGACGACGCGAUACGUAACCGAGACAUACACCCGCCCGCCGUUUUCGGGUGUCUACUGCACGCCCCUGCCGGACGUGCGGAACCCGGACACGUGCGACCACGUAACGCCGCUGACGUGGGCCUCGCUCGUCAUCACCUUCAUCACCGUGCACCUGACGUGGUGGCUGUUCGACCUGCCGCUGCUGUGGAAGAAGAAGAAGAAGAAGAAGAAGACGGAGUGUGAGUCCGGUGAGCAGAAGGAGCGCGCCGCCGCAGCCGUAGCCCCAGCACCAACCACAACCCCAAUCGCGAACGCCGACGACGACAGGGCCGGCUUCCACGCCUUCCUGUACACCGUCACCUGGGCGUGCCUGCGCGUCAACGCGCCCGGUUGCGCGGCGUUCUACUCGGUGGCGGCCGGGCGCGACACGGGCGAGUUCGCGGCCAUGUACUACCUGGGGGUGCGGCGGAGCAAGCGGGACGGCGCGGCGCCGCAGUUCACCGCCUGGAAGCUGGCCACGUGCGUCGUCGCCGACCUGCUCAGCAUCGUCGCCGUCGCCGUCACCGUGUACCAGGCCUGCACGCUGCCCGAGUACGCGCCGCGCCGCUUCGGCGACGGCCUGUGGGCAUACCCUUCGCUCCCGACCGCGCUCAUUGGUCUGUGUCUACUUGCCGGCCGGGCGUGGUUUCCCCGCACGCGACUGGCGGCCAUCGGGCUGGUGCUGAUGGUCGUCGGGGUGCUGGUGCUGGUCGGGGUCGCGCUGGCGCUGCUGCUGUGGCGGUUCGACCAGCCCAACAACACGUGGUUUGUGCCCGUGAUCUUCUACGGCAUCAUGGCCUUCCCAGUGGUGGUUGUGGCGAGAAUCCUGGUCUUAUUCGCCAUCCCGCUUGGCGGCUUCGGCCGGGUUGGCGGCGUUAGUAUUGCCGCGUCCGAGCAUUACUCCGGCGGCCAGCCGUACUGCAAGAUGCCUGGUGCCGGCUUCACCGCGACGUAUGUCGUGCUGGGUGUCAUAUCUGGCCUGCUUGCCCUGCAGUGGUUCAAGCUGCACCACCCGGCCUUGCACAACAGGUCUAUGGGCGCUCUCACGUCGCCCAGCGCCAGCCAGGAUAACGCUGCGGCUGAAAUCGCACAGGCUGGGGGUGCAGGCUUUGAAGCGGAGAAGGCGAGAUAA